AUGGCGAUCUAUAUCUCCGGUGGUGUCUCCGGUGCCCAUCUCAACCCCAGUGUCACGAUUAUGUUAUGGUUUUAUCGGGGCUUCCCCAAACGUAAGAUGCCGGAGUAUUUUCUCGCGCAGUUCGUGGGUGCCUUUGUUGCUGCCCUGACUGCCUACGACGUGGGGAUUGUGACCAGCUUUGUGACUGGCCAGCGUCAAGCUUGGAUUGAUCCAGCAACCGCUUUCUUUACGGAGUUUCUCGGGACGGCCCUCACAGCCACGACGAUCCUGGCCUUGGGUGACGACCAGAAUGCACCACCCGGGGCGGGCAUGAACUCGCUGAUCAUUGGGCUCAUGGUGUUUGUGCUGUCGAAUACCUUCUCCUACCAGACCGGGGCUGCAUUCAACCCUAGUCGAGACUUUGGGCCGCGCCUUGCCCUUCUCGCUCUCGGAUACGGGUCCGAGCUUUUCACAAACCCUUACUGGUUUUACGGGCCAUGGGCUGGUUCUCUAUGCGGUGCUCUGAUCGGAGCAUUUCUGUAUGAUUUCAUGAUCUUCACCGGUGGGGAGUCGCCCGUGAACUACCCUUGGGAGCGCACGCAGCGCUCGCUGCGAAAGAGUCGCAUAAAAUGGAAACGCCGGUUACGCAUUGACCGUCGACGACGUGGUAUCCCUGACAAAGUGGUUGCUUAA